AGCGGAAGUGCCGGCGGUGUGUCCCGGCGGUCGGUGGGUGCCGGUCCCGGGGGCGAUGCCGCUGCACCGGUUCCCGCCGCGGCUCUGGCCGGCGAUGCGGCUGCGGGAGGGCAUCUGCGCGCGGCUGCCGCAGCACUUCCUGGCCUCGCUGCAGGACGAGACGCCGCCCACGCCGGUGCACUGGCGGCCGCACGGCCAGCGCUACCGGCGCAACCCGCGCACCGGGGCCCGCGAGCGCGUGCAGGACGUGCCGGUGCCCGUGUACUUCCCGCCCGCCGCCGACGAGGGGCUGUGGGGCGGGGAGGGCUGGGUGAGCGGGUUCCGCUACGCCAGGAACGACAAGCUCUCCACCAGGCUGCCCAAGACGUGGAAGCCGCAGCUGUUCAAGCGGCAGUUCUACAGCGAGAUCCUGGACGCCACGCUGACCAUCACCGUCACCAUGCGCACCCUCGACCUCAUCGACGCCGCCUUCGGCUUCGACUUUUACAUCCUCAAGACCCCCAAGGCUGACAUGUGCUCGAAGCUGGGGAUGGACCUGAAGCGGACGAUGCUGCUGCGCCUGGCACGGAGGGAUCCCCGCCUGCACCCCGACGACCCGGCCAAGAGAGAGGCCAUCUACGACAAGUACAAGGAAUUUGUGAUCCCAGAAGAGGAAGCUGAAUGGGUUGGCUUGAGCUUGGAAGAAGCCAUAGAAAAACAGAGGCUCCUGGAGAAAAAGGACCCUGUCCCACUCUUCAAGGUGUAUGCUGAGGAGCUUGUCAACCAGCUGAAAGAGCAGGCAGCCCAGAAACAGUAGAAGAAAAACUUUGGGAGCAGAACCCCUGCUGUGGAUGGUGCUGUGGGGUUCAGUGGGUCUGCUGUCUGAACCACACUGGUGGGGAGGGGGCCACGUGAAGAGCGUGCCCAGGAGCAUGUUAUUGAAGUCUCAUGACAGCCAAAAUUCAGUGAGGACCUGCUCCUGUGGGCUGAGGAAGGAGUUUCUGUGCUGUGGCCUCUGAGAGCGUUCCUGUCAGACUGACUGAGUGUGGGUUUUUUUGCCUGUGGAAGCAGUUGGUGCUGUUGAGAGCCUGAUCAUGAUAUAAAAUGAAAUAUAUUUUGAGAAUAUCAGUUAACUUUUCUAACUCUUGUCUGAUA